AUGCUAAAGUCCCCCCUAGGUAGCUCCUUUUCAAACCGCUACUCUGAAACCUACCAAAAUUUGGGAUUAUUCCAGUCCCAGACUUGCCCAGCUCGUCUACCUGUCAAUAUGAUGGGCCACCCAGAUGCCAAUGUUGAACACCCAAGGGGACAAAACAUAUCCCCCCUCUCCUGCACCCUCAGCACCGUGUCUGAGGUCACAAAUAUGGAGGAGCUUAGAAGCUUCACCAACUUGCCAAACCUCGUCGUCGUCAAUUUUAAUGCACAAUGGUGCAACCCUUGCAGAUUUAUGAGGGAUAAGUUUUCAGUCAUUGCGAAUCAGUACGCCGAUCACAGCGUCAUCACCGUUCAAGUCGAUAUCGAUAGAGUACCGAGGGCUCAUCAAGUCUACGGGGUUAGAACUGUGCCCACAUUUCAGUUGUACCGUGGCGGGGUUAGAGUUGGAGAAGUCUUUGGAUCGAAUGAUGGAUUGCUUAGAAGUUCUAUCUUGCAGAAUUUGUAG